AUGCUAUCAACAGAAUCUAUCUUACUAAUAGCGACCUACUUAUUGGUAGGAGGUAGAUUAUCGUUCGUUAUAUUCGGUCUUACAAUCCAUUUACUCACAAGAGACUAUUUAUCCAAACAAAAUGCCGAAAAGACUUCUCAGUCCAAAGCCAAAUCAACCAAACCAUCACCAAUCUACGCAGUAGAUUUUACUUCAACUUCAUUUGCACCCAGCGUCACCACCAAUAUCCCAGAAGCUCCAAAAACCAUUAAGAAAGCAAGAAGAGGUAAAAGAGUUCCCAAAGUUUUUAAAGCCGUUAAGCCAACUCCUGUUACUCAACCUACUUUAACUGAAAAUGCCGUCAAAUUAACUGAUUCUCAAAUUUAUAUCUUCUAUACCACAUUAACUGGAUCUUCUCAAAGAGUUGCCAAAUCAUUGUUCGAUACUUUGAAUGACAUGGAUUCAAUCAAGAAUGAACCCAAACUACUCAGUCUUGAUGACGAUUUAUCAAACUUAGAAGAAUAUUUCUUGAAAACUCCAGGUGGUGAAGAAUCAAAGAACAUUUACCUUAUGGUUCUUCCAUCUUAUGAUACUGAUUCACCAAUUGAUUAUUUCAUCGAACAUUUGACUGAUACCUACCAAGAUUUCCGUGUUGAUAAAUACCCAUUGAGGAAAUUACUUGGUUUUGCAGUUUUAGGUCUUGGUGAUAGUGAAAGUUGGAAUGAUAAAUUUUGUUACCAAUCCAAGAUCAUCGAUAAAUGGUUAGGUAAAUUAGGUGGUAGAAGGAUUUUCCCUCGUGGUGAAGUUUGUAUGAAAUAUGAAGGUGAACCAAAAGCUCAACAAUGGAUUCAAAAUUUUGCUACAUUAUUGAACGACGAUGAACCAUUUUUCCUCGAUGAUGAAAUCGAUGAUAGUGAUAAGGAAGAAGUUGAUUCUGAAGAUUCAGAUGAAACUUUGUUAGAUGUUGAAGAUAUGGGAGACAUCAUAAGGAAAGAAGGUAUCAUUACUGCUAGUUCUCCUGAUAUCAAAGAAAUGGUAGCUGAAAAUUCUCCAACUUACAAAUCUUUAACCAAACAGGGAUACACCAUUGUAGGAUCUCAUUCAGGAGUGAAGAUAUGUAGAUGGACCAAGAGUGCGUUAAGAGGAAGAGGUUCAUGUUAUAAAUUUGCAUUUUAUGGUAUUAAAUCACAUUUAUGUAUGGAAACAACUCCAUCAUUAGCAUGUUCAAAUAAAUGUGUGUUCUGUUGGAGACACGGUACUAAUCCGGUUGCUAAACUGAAUUGGAGAUGGGUUUUGGAUCCACCCGAAAAAGUCUUAGAAGGAGCUUUAGCUGGUCAUUAUAAAAAGAUUAAACAAAUGAGAGGUGUUCCAGGUAUUCAAAUGGAUAGAUUUGAGGAAGCUUUCAGAGUCAGACAUUGUGCAUUAUCAUUAGUCGGAGAACCAAUCUUUUACCCUCAUAUCAAUGAAUUUGUUGAAAUGUUACAUGAACAAGAAAUCAGUUCAUUCUUGGUUUGUAAUGCUCAACAUCCUGAUAACUUAGCUAAAUUAUCUAAGAUCACUCAAUUGUAUGUUUCUAUCGAUGCUCCUAACAGAACAGACUUAAGAAAAAUCGAUAGACCAUUAAAUUCUGAUUUCUGGGAAAGAAUGAUGUCAUGUUUAGAUAUUUUGAGAACAGUUCAAUCCCAUCAAAGAACAGUUUUCAGACUUACUUUAGUUAAAGGAUUCAAUAUGGAUGAAGUCAAGGGAUACGCCGAUAUGGUAGAAAGAGCCCAACCUUCACAAAUUGAAGUCAAAGGUGCCACAUUUUGUGGAUCUUCUAAUGCCAAUGGUAAUCCAUUAACCAUGCAAAAUAUUCCAUUUUAUGAAGAAUGUAAAAUUUUCGUUGAAAGCUUGACUGCUGAAUUGAAAUCGAGAGGUCUCAAAUAUAAUAUAGCUGCUGAACAUGCUCAUAGUUGUUGUAUUUUGAUUGCUCACGAUAAAUUCAAAAUUAAUGGUAAAUGGCAUACCCAUAUUGACUAUCCAAAAUUCUUUGAAUUGAUAAGAAGUGGGAAGGAAUUUACUGAUUUGGAUUAUGUCAAAGAGACCCCUGAAUGGGCCGUUUGGGGAGCCAAAGAAGGAGGAUUUAACCCUGUUGAUACCAGAUUUGAUAGAAAAGCUGAAAAAUUGAAACGUAAAUUAGAACGUGAAGAAGCAGCUGCCAAAUUGGCUGAGGAGGAAGGUGCCGUUGAAGUUGAAAAAUAA